CGGACAGAAGCGUGUUGCGGAGUCACCGUAUAUUUGUGUAAUAAUAACUCGCAAAUAAUCUUAAAUAGUUAUUGAUUAGUGCUUAUAUAUCUUUUGCAAGAUAUGAACUAGGUUUUAGAGUAUGUAAUGUGUGUAUUAAAGUGAUAAAAGUGGACUACAAAGGUUUGGCAAAAUGACGCAGUUUUUGCCACCGAAUUUAUUGGCAUUAUUUGCUGCUAGGGAUCCAAUUCCCUAUUUGCCACCUGCAGCGAAGUUACCUCAUGAGAAGAAGCAAAAGGGCUACGAUGGCGUCGGAGCAUUCCUCGACGUUUUUGAGCAUCCCUCAGAAACACCGCCGCCGACUCGAGUCGAGACCAGAGAGGAGCGUAUGGAACGCAGGCGUCGCGAGAGAGCGGAGCAGACAGCGUAUAAGCUGGAGCAGGAGAUAGCCCUGUGGGACCCCAGCACAAAUCCCAAAGCCACGAUGGACCCCUUCAAGACAUUGUUUGUGGCUAGAAUUAACUAUGACACGUCAGAAUCAAAAUUAAGAAGAGAGUUUGAGGGAUAUGGUGCAAUAAAAAAAAUAUGCAUGAUAUUCAACAAGGACAACAACAAGCCCCGCGGUUACGCCUUCAUCGAGUAUGAGCACGAGCGAGACAUGCAUUCCGCUUACAAACACGCUGACGGCAAGAAGAUUGACGGUAAACGAGUUUUGGUCGACGUUGAACGAGCUCGCACUGUCAAAGGCUGGCUGCCGAGGAGACUGGGCGGUGGUCUCGGCGGGACCAGGCGUGGAGGCGCGGAUGUCAACAUAAAGCAUUCCGGUCGGGAGGACAACGAGAGGGAGCGAGAGCGGUACCGUCUCGAGCAGAGGGACAGAGAGGACCGUCCCAGACACGAUAGACCCGCGGGCAGUCGACGUCGAUCGCGGUCCAGGUCUCGUCGACGCUCGGCGUCACGCUCGCGACGUCGCGACCGCGACCGGGAACGCGAGCGGGACAGGGAAGCCCGGGAUAGGGAGCCCGAUGAAGCCGAACGUAACAACGGUCGUCGCCGGCGUUCCCGGUCCCGUUCGGAGCGUCGCCGCGAGCGCCGCGACCGCGACAAGGACCGCGAGAGGGACCGCGACAAGAAACGUUCCCGACGCGACAAGGAACGCAAGGAGCCCAAGGUCAAACCCGAGGAUAUUAAAAUUAAAGAGGAACCGAUGGACGAUUAUCCGGAAUUCAGUAUGCCACCAUUUGACGUCCAAAUCAAACAGGAGCCUAACGAAGACGAAAACAAAUAUAACCCGGAAGAUACUAACGGUGAAGAAUACAAUUACUGAACUAUUUACGCUGGGUAUCACACACCCAGCACCAG